UACUUCGAAUAAUACAUUAGGAAUUUCUAUAGCUAAAAACAAUGGUUUAUUCGAUAAACCUUCUAGUACAGAAUAUAAACAAGAUUUAUAUAGAAGAGCUAUAAAGAAACUUAAGAUUACAAAAUCUUAUAGUAAAAAGAAAUGUAAAUUAUCAUUAUAUUUUAGUUAUAUAUGA